GCAGCAGCAACUUGGAAACCCAUUGUGUUGUUCCUCCUCCCAUGGCACUAUUGACAGAUGACGAGUGUCAGGCCGAUGUCGUGGUCCUAGGCACCGGUCUCACCGAGUCCAUCGUCGCGGCGGCCGUGGCGCGCAGCGGCCGCCGCGUGCUGCACCUGGACGCGGCGGAGACCUACGGCGGCGCCGGGCGGAGCCUGCCGCUGCGCGAGUAUAUCGCCUGGGCGGGCGAUGCCCGCGACGCGCGCAUGCCGGGCGAUGGAGUGCAGGCGGGUGGCGACUUGCGAAGCCUACCGCGCCACGGCUGGCAGCGACUUUGGGAGCCCUUCGCGCCCAGGAGGACUCCUGAAACGGCGGAGAUGCCGGAAGAGACCAGGGAACAGACGGAGGUGCCUGAAGGCCAAAGAGCUUUCGCCUUGUCCCCGGAGAGAACCGAAUGCUAUGCAGAGCGUAGCUUUGAAUGGGAUCCCUUCCAGCAGAUGAACGGGAUCCGGCGCAAGAAGAACGAACUCUUGCGGAAUCCUUCAGCCUUCAGCUUGGACCUCUCACCACGCCUCCUCUAUGGUCGUUCCGAGCACGUGGACGUUCUCAUCGAGUCUGGCGUGGCCAGGUACCUGGAGUUCCAAGGCUUGAAGUUCACUCGCGUCUUGACCUCUGAGGGUCUGAUCUCAGUGCCCCUGACCAAGAGUGAGAUUUUUCAAGAUGCCCACCUCAGCAAGGCGGAGAAGAGGAUGCUGAUGCGUUUCAUCACCUCCAUCCAACCCUAUGUCUCCAGCUUGGCCUUCCAAUCUGCUGCACAGUUGGGCGUGGACCAAGCGGCCAAGAUCAAGGGACCCAGCGACCAGAGUGCUUUGGGCAUGGAAUUGGAUGGGUCUUGGCGUGCCUUUCUGCAGCAGCAGAACCUGUCGGAACGCUUACAAGACUUCAUCACCUAUUCUAUUUGCUUGUGGGACUGGGCCCCAACGGAAGCUUUUCCACAGCUCAGCUGUCGGGAGGCCUUGGAACGGCUCGGAGCCUUUAUCUCCUCGUUGGGUUUGUAUGGUCGGGGCACCAGCAUGCCAUUGCUUUUCCCCAUGUAUGGCAUUGGUGAAGUCUCCCAAGGCUACACCCGGCUGUGCGCGGUGCACCGUGGCGUCUAUGCGCUGCGCACCAGGGCGACCCACUUGCUUGCACAGGAGGAGGAAGAUGGUACGAUGCAACUCUCUGGUUUAGUCACCUGUCGUGGCGAGCAAAUCAAAGCCUCACGCCUGGUGGCCGCGUGUGGGGAGCUCCUGCAGGACCAGGUGCCUAGCCAGUCCUCUUCGCAGCAUUGCCGGCGCAUGACCGUGCUGCUGAGUUCUCCUCCGCUCGGGGAGGAGGGCGUGAGCCUCUGUGUGGUGCCUCCGCAGUCUUUGGAUCCGCCGCUGCAGAACGUGGUGCAGGUGCUUCAGCUGGACUUCAGCAGUGGCGCCUGUCCGCAUGGCUACUUUCUGGCGCAUCUCUCACAAGCCUCCAUCAGCGACCCGGGUCCUUUGCCCUUUGCGGAUCUGGACCGAGUUUUGGAGGAACUGCUGAAGCGAUCUCCAAAGACUGCCUGUAUCUUCAGGUGUCGCUACCUGCAACGGCCGCGCGACGUGGCCACGCGCUGGGACGUCUCCACGAGAACGGGUGGCUUCAUGGAGAGAUGCCUCCAUGAAGAGCGCCUGGCCGUGGUCUCGGACCCUCCCGCCGUGCCGCAGCUGCUGGCGGUGCAGGAGGUCCACGAUGCCCGGCGGAUCUUCGGGAGCUUCUUCGGCGCCGAAAGCGCGUUCUUGCCCAAGCCGCAGCAUGUGGCUGAGGAGGAGAUGAGUGGUUCAUUGGAAGAGCUGGAACACUUCAACCAGCAGAUGCAGGCUCAAGAGGCUCAAGAGGCUCAGGAGCCACCUGUGGCGUCAUUGGUGCAGGAGGACGCCGAGCAGUGAAGUCAUCCAAAAAGAGACCUGGGUCCCGACAUGAUGAGGAUGCAGGGGCGAACAGCUUUGAAUGAUGAUCGUGUGGAA